UGUGACUACUUGCAGAUGAUCGAGGAGCAGCAGAGGCAGUGUCUGGAAGAGGCCCAGCUGGAGAACGAGACCACAGGCUGUGGCAAGAUGUGGGACAAUCUGACCUGCUGGCCGGCCACCCCUCGGGGUCAGUCGGUGGUUUUGGCCUGCCCCCUUAUCUUCAAACUCUUCUCCCCGAUUCAAGGUCGCAACGUGAGCCGCAGCUGCACGGAGGACGGAGGCUGGACGGCGCUGGAGCCCGGCCCCUACCCGCUGGCCUGCGGCCUGGACGACAAAGCAGCGAGCCUGGACGAGCAGCAACAAACCAUGUUCUACCACUCGGUGAAGACCGGCUACACCAUCGGCUACAGCCUGUCCCUGGCGACCCUCCUGGUGGCCAUGACCAUCCUGACCCUGUUCAGAAAACUGCACUGCACCCGGAAUUACAUCCACAUGCACCUCUUCGUGUCCUUCAUCCUGAGAGCGGCCGCUGUCUUCAUCAAAGAUCUGGCGCUCUUCCACAGCGGGGAGUCGGAUCACUGCUCUGAAGGCUCGGUGGGCUGUAAGGCAGCAGUGGUAUUUUUCCAGUACUGUGUCAUGGCUAACUUCUUCUGGCUGCUGGUGGAAGGUCUCUAUCUGCACACCCUGCUCGCCGUCUCCUUCUUCUCCGAGCGGAAGUACUUCUGGGGUUACAUUAUCAUUGGCUGGGGCGUACCCAGCACCUUCAUCAUGGUCUGGACCAUCAUUCGGAUCCACUAUGAGGACCAUGGGUGCUGGGACACCAUUAACUCCUCCCUCUGGUGGAUCAUCAAAGCCCCCAUCCUCACUUCGAUCCUGGUGAACUUCAUCCUGUUCAUCUGUAUCAUCCGGAUCCUGGUUCAGAAACUGCGGCCACCGGACAUUGGAAAGAACGACAGCAGCCCAUACUCGCGGCUGGCCAAGUCCACGCUCCUGCUCAUCCCGCUCUUCGGCGUCCAUUACAUCAUGUUCGCCUUCUUCCCGGACAACUUCAAGGCGGAGGUGAAGAUGGUGUUCGAGCUGGUCGUGGGGUCCUUUCAGGGGUGCGUGGUGGCCGUUCUGUACUGCUUCCUCAACGGGGAGGUGCAGGCGGAGCUGCGGCGGAAGUGGCGGCGCUGGCGGGCGCUGGCGCUCCGGGGCCUGCUGGGCUGGCCCGCCAAGCCCGCGCACGCGUGGGGCGGCAGCAGCGGCGCCACGUGCAGCACGCAGGUGUCCAUGCUGACGCGCGCCAGCCCCGGCGCGCGCCGCGCCUCCGGCGCCCAGCCCGAGGCGUCGCUCGUGUGA